GCUAAAAGGAGCUCAGGGGCUGUAAUCCCCGGAUGAAACCAUCAUGGCUGCCACUCGCUGAGCUGUCAAGCUCUCCACAAAAGAAAAGAAAUCUGGAAAACAAUGGAUUCGGUGGGCAUCUGCGCAGCCACAUGCACGGGAGAUAAUAAACAAUGUACCAGCAUUAAGAACAGAGACCGCCGUAAACAGCUCCACCUCAGGAAGAAUGCCGUUCAGCCCCUAGCUAUGCAAAGUGAAGAUAAGCGUGGUCCAACAAAGAUAGCAGAGGAGUGGGAGCAGAGCACAGUGUGGCCUUCAUCAAAGAAGCCCUCACAGGAACCACCACAAAGUCAGCACGGGACAAAUGACAGUGGAAAUGCGCUCAGGUUUACAUGCUCUCAAUGCAGUGACAAUUUGGAAUAUGUUCCCAAAGACUUAAUGAGACACUUUGAGGAAAAACACGGAGGGAUCGCCCCAGUUUUUUCCUGUCAUGAAUGCAAUUUUAGUACACACGAGUUCUCCUACCUUCAGGUCCAUCUGUUAAGCCACAAGGACACUUUUUCUAGUUGCAGCAUGUGUAAUGACAACGUUAAACGCACAUGGCCUGAAUUAUGUGCACACCUGACUGCGUAUCACUGCCCAGAUGGCAAAUACUCAUGUGAAAUGUGCCAGAAAUUCUCCACAGGUGAUGUUAGAGUAUUUUUAGAACACAUGUACAUACAUAAUUUGGACCCGGAAGGAGCUGAUAAUCUUUCGCUGCACACAAAGGACACGAAUCAGUUGUUAACCACUCAAAGUUUACAUUGUCAUCACAGUGGCUUUGAGGCAUCUCAGAAGUGGUUGAUAGCUAAGCGCAUUAAAACUGCCCACGUGUGCCAGAAUGGUAACCAGAAGAAAAAAAGGAAGGACGUUGACACAAUCCCCAAUAUGAAGCCCAGAACAAGAAGUGCAGUUAGGGAAAUGUGCUGGCUGACACAGGACUGUCUUUCUCUGCCAGGGAAAGAAUUCUUGGAUAAAUACUGCCAUCUGUCAGAUCCACAAACAACACUAGAGGAGACUCAACAGUUUCUGAUGAAAUCUGUCGCAGGAGAAACCGGUGACCAGAAAUGGACCAAAGCUCUUAAAACUGUUCUGUCGAGCAUCCCGCAGGAUAUGAACCUUCUCCCCAAGCCAGAGGACAGCAUCGUGUCGUCUGAUCUUACUGUCCUGACACUGAAGAACAAGAUAACAGUAGCUCAGAAUGGGGCCGCCUAUGGCAAAAGGUUGAAAAUGGUGGCAGCAUCGGAUAAGGAAGACGUUUGUUCUGAAAGUGCUGGUGUUGAUGCUCAGAGUGUUGUCGACCAAAAUGGAUGUCAGUCGAUGUCGAAUGAGUGUGCACCUUGUCCACAGGCUGAGAACAAUCUACGCAAUGACAUCUCAGCGUCAGCCCAGAGCGAGCUGUCAGAGCGCGCUCACAUGCAGGAAAACAGAGAAAAUCAGGAACUAAAGGCUGUUCAGGAACCCGAGGAACAUAUGAAAAAGCUGCAGGGGCCUGUUUAUGGUGAUGGCAUUCAUGCUUCCAGUGAUCUGAAGUUGACAAAGGAGAUUGAAGAGCAAACGCCUGUGUAUAAAGCCAUGCCAAAGAACAAGAGGAAAUGUCGACGCCGUAAAAGAAAGACCAGGUUUAAAAAAGCAGAUGAAAGAUCACCGGAACUGUCCUUAAAGAUAGUGUUGAAGAAGAAUCCUGUGAAGGACAAGCAGUGGGUGUCACAAACUUCUUUGUCUCCAUCAGACGGCAGUGUGAUACAUGACCAUCAUGGACUGCAAUAUCCAGCAAUGGAGGAGACGGUACAGAUUCUCCAAAAUGUGUGCCCAGUGGAAGCACACCAGAUGAAAUUGACAAAAGGUUCUGAGGCUGACCUCCACGACCAGUUUGAAGCCACUGAUUCAAUUCUGCAGUCAAAGCCAAGAGAAGACUUCACCCCAGGUUGCACUGCAAAGCCAACAAGGUCUAAAAAUAUGACUGCAAACAUGCCAGAUGUACACGAAGGCUUGCUUCCGGGACAUCAAGAACUGCAGGAUGGCACAGAGAAAUCCCAGCACUUCAUGGAAGUUGAUAAGAGCAGUUCAGCCUGCCAGAUGAGUCCGUCAGUGACUGAAGUAAAGAUUCACCCCGAGAAUGUACGGCGCGAAACGUCACAGAGUGGCAGUCUCUGCCCUGUGUCGGGUGAUGAGAUGAGUUCGGUUGGUGAUGGAGUAACUCCUCAAAGCGGCAGCCAGUCUUCCUCUAUUUCCCAACCGGUUAUUCCAACACAAAAUGAGAGAGAAGAAGUUUCCAGCUGUGGCCCCUCUGCAGAGCAGAGUGACCGGAAUGUUGAAGGAAUGAAAUUCGGAGAAGUUCCUGUAGACUUCUGCCCAGAUAUCCUUGGUAGCAGCCAUUUACCUGCUGGAAAAGCCAUCGAAGAAGAGCCCUCAUCACCCUCCGGCUGUCGGUGGCGGCCUGUCCCAAAAAACCUGGAGAGGACCCUGAAGUUGAUAGCCUUAAAUCCCUCUCAACUGGUAAAGCGUCCUGCGGGAGAACAGCCUGUUGUGGUGCUAAAUCAUCCUGAUGCUGACAUCCCCGAGGUGGCCAGGAUCAUGGAGGUUGUGAAUAGGUACAGAGGAGAUGUGAGGAAGGUCAUACUGUCACGCAGGACUCUGAACGCGCUCUCAGCUUUGAGCGGCGAGCUUCCCAGGACCAACGACCCAACAGAUGGCCGAGCGGAACCUGCGCGGAACAGUAAAAACUCAGUACAGGAGAGAUUCUCUUUGAAGUUCAGACUUCGUAGGCUGAGCAGGAAAAAGUACGAAAUGGUGGGCGCAGUCUCUCCCAGCAGAGAUGUUGUGACGAAGUUUCGCUGCUGGUUUUGCGGCAGGGUCUUCACCAGCCAGGAAAUGUGGAUGGCCCACCGGCAGCGGCACCUGAUAGAGUGGAAUAGGCCAAACUGUGAAAACUCUUAAAUGUCGUGCACACUGGAUUAAAAAAAAAAAAAAAGUAACUAAAAUAUUCUGGAAAAAGGAGAAUUUGCAAUAUGAGAAAGCAAUAAUGGAAACUGUUUUAAUUUUCAAGUCUUAAAUGUUGUUUUUGUUAAGAAUCAAGUCGCGCUUCCUGGAGGGUUCACAUUCUCAGGGUAUUUUUUACCUAUCGUUUCUCUCCCAGUCUGAGUAGCUUGAUGCACCUCUUUGUAGAAUAGUGAUUAUUUGUAAAGCCACGAGGAUGCGGCGUAGAUAAAUUUUGUUUUGUUUUUGUUUGUCUACACAAUAGCUUUAUUUAAGGUGACUUUGUACACUGUCGUAUGGAAUCUUUAUAGAACACUGUAAUAUGUAUAUUUGCCAUACCAUCUGUUUUAUGGAUCAGUUUAUGUACGGGUAGGCUAUACAGUGUGGUAGCUGUAAUAUUUAUGUUUUUGGAAUGGGUCACAGAGACCCACAAGUUACUCAGAUAAACCAAAACUGUGUGUUUAAACAGAAAAAAAAAACCCAAUAAGCUGUUUUAUUCAACAUUUAUUUAUGAUACUUAGUUUAGCCUUUAUGAGCUUCCUAAAUGCUUUUUGUUUUUUCAGGCCAUUAGUAAAA